CUUCUUUUAGCAGUUAUCAGGAAACUGCACCGGCUUGCUUUUGCAGCUAAUUGAAUUCAGGAGGUAAGAAGCCAAAGGAUAGUUUUUCUGCCUGAACAGUUGGCCAGAUGAGUGAGGAGAAGGUCAUUAAGGAAGGCGUCCUGCUGAAGAUGUCUCAGCAGAAGAAGAAAAUCUCGCCCAAAAACUAUAAAGAGCGGCUCUUCAUUCUGACCAGUCAGACUCUAAGUUACUACGAACAUGAAAAAGGGAAGAAGAAGGCAAGGAAAGGGGUGGUGCCAGCAGAGAGAAUUUUCUGUGUGGAGACCGUUGAGCCAGAAGAGAAUGCACCUGUUCAAAGAGAGUUUCCCUUUCAGAUUGCAUACGAUGAUUGCAUCCUCUACCUGUUUGCAAAUGAUGAACCAAGUCGGAGAGACUGGUUAGAAGCACUGAUGCAUGUAAUAAAGGGUAAUGCCAAGCUCUCUGCAAAGUACCACAAAGGAUUUUGGGUAGAUGGAAAAUUCUUGUGCUGUGGACAGACUAUGAAGAAUGCUCCAGGCUGCAUACAGUGGCACAAAGAUUCUACAGAUGGAUUCAGAUCAUCUGUUCGCAGAUUUGGAUUACCUCCUGUGCCGUCUUCAGUGCGCAGGGAGAGCAUCCUUUUGCCCCCUAUCCCAGAGAGUGAAGGUAGCAGUCCCACAGAGGUCGUGGCUCUGUAUGAUUACUCUGCUGAGAGACCUGGAGAGCUGAGUCUGGUGAAGGGGAACAUAUACAUCUCUUUGGAAAAGCCCUCGGAUGACUGGUGGAUAGUCAGAGAUACAGAUGGGUCUGAAGGACGCGUCCCUUCUAAUUACAUAAAGGAGGUAGCAAUCAAAGACAACUACAGCAUGAAGAGUGAAAUAUGUAGAAAGAUGAUAAAAGAGAGACCGAGCAGCACUAAAACACACAUGAGAAUCUCAAGUGAAUCAGCUUCAAAUGCCUCACCAGAGAAAAGCAACAUAGAAGACUAUCCUUGGUAUGUGGGAAACCUGUCUCGAAUAAAGACUGAGCAACUGCUACGUGAGAAGGGCAAAGCGGGCUCAUUUGUGGUGAGAGACUCUAGUCAAAAAGGAUCCUACACAGUUUCACUAUUAAGUCGAGCACUUGAUGAGGUAAAUGGGACUGUAAGGCAUUACCUCAUCAACGUGAAUGCCGAGGGCAAAUAUUACCUGGCCGAGAACCAUCUAUUUGACUCCAUCCCCCAAAUGAUAGAGUACCAUCAACAUAAUGCAGCAGGCCUGUUGACCAGACUGCGUCACCCUGCCACGGAAUCUGAUAUCACAUCUCCGUCAGCACACGGGGAGUGGGAGCUGUCUCGUGAUGACGUUAAACUGGUGAAAGAGCUGGGCAGCGGGCAGUUUGGAGUGGUCCAGCUAGGCAUGUGGAAAGGCCAGCACGAAGUGGCCAUUAAAAUGGUGAAAGAGGGCUGCAUGUCGUCCGAUGACUUCAUAGAGGAAGCCCAGAUCAUGAUGAAACUGAGGCAUCCUAAGCUAGUGAGACUCCACGGUGUAUGUACCGAGCGUUUUCCCAUCUACAUCGUGACAGAGUUCAUGAGUAACGGCUGUCUGUUGGAUUACCUGAAGAGCCAUGGAAAAGAACUGCAGCCUCCACAGCUCCUUAACAUGUGCCUGGAUGUGUGUGAGGCAAUGGCCUACCUUGAGGAUCAGCAGUUCAUUCACCGAGAUCUAGCUGCAAGAAAUUGUUUGGUGGACAAGGAUCUUACUGUCAAAGUGUCUGACUUUGGAAUGGCGAGAUACGUAUUGGAUGAUCAGUAUACCAGUUCUGUAGGCACCAAGUUUCCAGUGAAAUGGUCAGCCCCUGAGGUUUUGAACUACACCAAGUUUAGCAGCAAGUCUGACGUGUGGGCUUUUGGUGUGCUGAUGUGGGAGGUGUACAGCCUGGGCAAGCAGCCCUAUGAGCACUACGAUAACGCCCGUGUAGCAGAGAGAGUUUUGCAGGGCCAUCGCCUCUACAGACCACAGCUGGCCACAGAUCAGAUAUACCAAGUUAUGAAAGCAUGCUGGCACGAGCUACCAGACGAGAGGCCCAAUUUUCAUCUACUUUUCAGUGAUCUUAGUGCAUUUGAAGAGGACAAGUAACAUCAAUCUGCAGUCAUCACACUACAUACACUUCAAUCUGCAGUCAUCAUACUACAUACACUUCAUUUAUAUAUUUACAAAUUACUAGAAGGAACGAAUCACUUGCAAAUAAGCAACACUACUAC